UCAAACCCUGCCACACUUAAAAUCUCAAAUUAUUCUCACACCGGAUCCCCAAACCACACCCUUUCCACCAUUCGCCAUGUCCUAUGAUCUUUUCACCGCCGUGGGCUCCGCGCCCCAAGUGGAAAAGGAUGGCAGCAUGUCCAGCAAGGUCUCCUUGUCCCUGAACCUUGAGUCCAUCCAGCUUGCCAAGUACCUCAGCGAGGCCUCCUUCUAUGACCAGGACAUUGCCGCCGACCUCGUCAAAGCAGCCCCUGAAACCAAGCAGUACAUCCUUGAGCACCUCGGGGAUAAAGCUUUGGUUUCUCGCCGGGCUGGCGGCGGCAAGGACUCCGGCAGUCGUGUUGACCGCGUCUUUGACCCGGUGCCUGCCCUCGGCGACGAGGAGCAAGAGGGCGACGAUGGUGAGGCGUUUGCCGCGGCCAUCUCCUUGAACCCCAUUCCCAUGCCCAGCCCCACUGCCAAGAUCGCCGCCAACGACGACCGCUACUCGACGUCCAUGGCUUCCAAGAACGGCGGGAGGUUCGACAUGAUCACGACCUGGUCGCAGUGGCUCAUGAACAAGGGCCUUGCGGUCGCCUACGGGUUUGACUUUACCCGCUGGGACCUGACGCUCUCCGAUAGCGAUGCCGGCUACGAGAUAUCGGCCGCGCUCGAUCCGUCCAUGUUCGUGAUCGAUGUCGAGUCGCAACAGCCUCCCCUUCCCGGUGGCCAGCGUGGUUUCUUUCUCACCCGCUUCUCGGGCGGGGCGAGCGUCCUUGGCCCGCACACCUGCACCUUAAGGAGCUCCGUCACGGGGAAAUCGAGCCAGUUCGACACUGCCGGCUGGCGCUGGGGAUGGGCUGCCCCUGUCACCCGGUCCUUCCUUGUUGCGGGAUCAGAGGAGUGGGACGAGGUCAAAGAAAACCUCGAGAUUCCGGCCAGCGCCGCCGACAGCCACUACAAGAUCAGCAAAAUCUUCUUCGACCUGGAGAAUGCCUUGGUCAGCUCCGACAAAGCACACACUAUCGUCCCCAACGUUCCCGAGGAGUUCCAGGAAAGUUUCGAAAAGCUGCAAACGGCCUGGAGGCACUACGCCCGGGAUAACGACCACCACAUCCUCGGUUACGCCGUGGUAGCCACGACCGCUUCCGAAAAGCACCUGGGCACUUUCCCGCCGACGUCGCUGCAGCUGCAAAACUAUCCUUUCCUCAGCGCCGCCACGACCAAGCCGACCACGUCGACGGAUAAGCAUGGGGAGAGCAACAUGUUCCAAAUGCUUUAUAAAACCGAUCUCCAAGCUUUUCCCUCCGAUCCUGCUCUGCCUUGGACCGGCAACUGGUGCCACCCGGACCUUAGCGGCGCCGAUGGCACGCUUGGCUCCAUGGCCAUUUCGAACGAACUUUUCCUGGACGACUUUGUUGUGCCCAAGCUCGUCGCCUUCAACCGAGCCACUCACCUUGAGUCGCUGGCCCCCACGGUAACCCACAAGGGCGGCACAAAGUGGAGCUUCACCUUCAGAUGGGGCUCGGCCGCCCAUCCCGAGUCCUUUUUCGAAUGGAAGCCAGCAUCGCUGAUUCAGAUGGCAGCCCUCCGGAUUAUUUACGGGAACGGCAUUGGCUGGACCUGGAGCACUUCCAGCCAUCAAUCAACCAGCAAGCAGGUCAACGGGGCCGGCAGAUUUACCGCAACCCACGAUGUGACAAUGAGCAACAUUUUAUACGUGCCGCGGGGGUCCAACAAAGUGGUUUUAGUCCACACUAUGAGCCACCACCUUUUCACCUCCCACCGGUGGGUAUGGACCGAUAAAAGCUCGGCCACGGUCAAACGCAGCUGUAUCACGGAGCUUACCCUCCGUGACGUCCUCGAGGGGCGCCUCGGGAUGGAGAUUCCCAAGGACCUCGACGUGAAGGUGGAAAUACUGGACCGCAAGGGCACCUGGCUCGGGCAGAACUAUGUCGCCGGCGUCGCCAACGCCAUCGCCAAGUCACUCAAGGACGAGCAGCGCCUAGCCGCCGCUGUUAAGCAGAUCAACGACAGGCUUUCGGGCCCCCAGGUCUUUGUCCUGCCGGGCGGCGGUCACCUCUUCCUCAAGAACCCCGUCUUCAACGGCCAGGGCGACCUGCUCCUGACCCUCGAUUUCAACGGCCAGCAGCAGCGCAAGAACCCGCCCGGCCCCGCCAAGGACAGGAAGAGCCGUAAGGGCGGCAUCCCCAAGUAAGAUUUUGGAUGGCCAGCCUAGCGGGGUUUGGAAUCCGGGUCGCGUGUGUCACAAUCGUGAAGAGUAGGCUUCGCAGCCAGGCUCAAUUGAUGCUAUGGACGAAGACUCUCCUACAGGGAGGAAGAAGGAAGAGAGGCGCGGAGAAAAGGUGGUGCGGCGUCCUGCUGCACGGGCUACUCUGCGGCGCGUACUCAUGUGGAUGCCUGCAGCGUGCGGUGAACUGUCCUGGACACUCCUUUGAAGGUGCAAGUUUCCUUAAACGACGCCAUUUCACCUCUGUUCUCCUAGGGCUAGAGCGGUACCGGAGUUUUUAUUUCGGCCAGAUAUUACUUUCUAAGUGCCACAAACAGCUUUUUAACACGCUGCAAGUGCUUUCCCAGCAGCCGCACGAAAUUAGGAACGUUUGCCUACCGG